AUGGCGUCUUCUUACGACUGGGCAACCACCACCUUCGCGGAAGCCACCGCAAUCAAGGCCAUCGACUCUCACACCUACGAGGGCAACUUCCCCUCUGACUGGUCUAUUGGCAUAGUCCCCAAUGGCGGCAUCGUAUGCGGCAACUUCCUCGCCGUGGCCAAGCUGCACUUCGCCACCACCCUGAAAGCGCAGAACCAACCCCACACCAUUGCCUUCCACACCGACUUCCUGCGCCGCACACAGGAGGGCCCCUGCCUCUUCAAAGUGACCGACGCCAAGCUCGGCCGCCAGACCUCCGUCAUCCACAUCUCCAUGUCCCAGGGCCGCGAGGAAGUCGUCGGGUACCUCACUCAGUCCAACCUGCACACCGAGGACGGGCUCUCGCUCGACACAGGCUUCGAGCUGCACCCUGCGCCGCCACCGGUGGACCUUGUGAAGCUGAAGGAGGACAAGGACGAGCACUGGGAGUGCAGGGCGGAGAUGCCGUUUGCGAACUUCAGGAAGGCGGUUACGAAGUUGCAGUUCCACUUCCCCAGGGCCGGGCAGCCGCACAGGAGUAUCGGGGAUGAGUGGGUGCACCUCAAUACCGGGGAGAAGAUCACGAAUCAGUCGCUAGGGUUUAUCGCGGAUAUGUUCCCGAUGCCCGUGGAGUCGUUCCGGGAGAGGGAGAACCCGUAUGAUAGCAAUGAUGCGGAGAAGGCUAAGAAGAAGCUGGCGAUCUACUGGUACCCGACGGUGCUGCUUAAUAUUGAGUUUAAGAAGCUGUUGCCGGAGGAGGGCGUUGAGUGGCUGUUUAGCAGGUGCAAGACGAAGCAGAUUAAGAAUGGGAGGAUGGAUUUAGAGCUUACUAUUAUGGAUGCGGAGGGGGAUAUUGUGGCGCUCAGCCAUCAUGUGUGUUUGGUGCUGCCGGCGGCGAGGAAUAUUGCUCCGAGACGGGAGGAUGGGAGCAAGAUAUAG